UUUUGUGAGACUGUAAAACCAUGUAGUGCUGAUGGUGGUGAUCAUGGUGAUCAUGGUGAUGGUUGUGGUGAUGAUGUUUAUGAAGGUUUUGAUGGUGAUGGGUCUGUUAUUUGCACUGGUGAUGAUGGUGGUGAUGAUGAUGGUGGUUUUUAUGAUGUCCAUGAAAUUGGUUAUAUUGAGAGUGGUGAUGGUGGUUUUGAUGAUGGUAAUGAAUUUGGUGGUAGUGAUGAUGGUGUUUAUGAUUAUAGUGAUGGUUGUGAUGAAAUUGCUGGUGAUAGUGAUGAUAAAAUUAAUGAUGGUCGUGUGGUACUGUCCAAUAUGAAUAACUUACAACAGACAUUAACUUGCUUAAUUCGUCUGCGUUAUGCCAUCGAACGAAUGUCAUCUAAAGGGUUGUUUCCCUAUCCUGUCACUGCGCUUGUCAAGGUCAUGAAAUACAUUGAAACUUUAUAUGAGGGAGAAGGAUGA